AGUGACGGUUAAAAUACUGUUUUGCUCCCGCGGAAAAGCGGUUUGAAGAAUUAGUUUAAUAAGAAAGAGCAACUGGAAAGGCAAGUGAGGCUCGUGGGGCUCCUAAAUGAAAUGCCCCUUAUGCUUUUUUAUUUUCACUUUUUCUCUCUGCAUUUUUCUUUUUUUCUUUUUUUGCUUUCCCAACAAUCUGAGCACACCUCACCUGCCAGCACUUGGCCAAGCUUGGGGAUCUGAGGUGGUGGAAGACAAAGAAGAAAGAAAAAGAAUGGUGAAGGAAACCGAAUACUAUGAUGUCCUAGGUGUCAGUCCCUUGGCGUCUGAGGAGGAAAUUCGCAAGGCUUAUUAUCUCAAGGCAAGGCAAGUACAUCCGGAUAAAAAUCCAAACGAUCCUCAGGCAGCGGAAAAAUUUCAGGUACUGGGUGAAGCCUAUCAGGUUUUGAGUGACCCGGUGCAAAGAGAAGCAUACAAUCAAAAUGGAAAGUAUUGUAUAUCAAGGGAAACCAUGCUUGAUCCUACAGCAGUCUUUGCUCUUCUCUUUGGAAGCGAAUUGUUCGAGGACUACAUAGGACAUCUUGCUGUAGCAUCAAUGGCUUCUUCUGAAUUAGCUGGUGAAAAUGAAAACCCUGAAAAGCUACAUGAUAAGUUGAAGGCUGUCCAGAAAGAAAGAGAGGAAAAGCUAGUAAGAUUGUUGAAAGAUUUUCUUAAUCAAUAUGUCCAAGGUGACAAAGAUGGAUUCUUAAAACGUGCUGAAUCAGAAGCUAGACGACUUUCAGAUGCAGCUUUUGGAGCUGACAUAUUACGCACUAUCGGCUACGUAUACUCGCGACAGGCAGCACAAGAGCUUGGAAAGAAAGCCAUAUAUCUCGGCGUACCAUUCUUGGCGGAAUGGGUUCGCAAUAAAGGACAUUUCUGGAAGUCACAGAUAACUGCUGCAAAAGGUGCUUUUCAGCUAUUGCAACUUCAAGAAGAUAUCCGUCGGCAGUUUAAAAUGGAUGGUAGUGGCCCUGAAAAUGAUGUAGAAUCACAUAUACGUUUAAAUAAAGAAACCUUGAUGAACUCCUUGUGGAAAUUGAAUGUGGUGGACAUUGAAAUAACCCUUAUACAUGUUUGCCAAUUGGUGCUAAGGGAAAAUAAUGUUAAGAAGGAAGAACUUAAAGCUCGUGCUCUUGCUUUGAAAGUUCUUGGAAAGAUAUUUCAGGAGGAAAAACAGGCACGCAAUGGUGGAACGUCAAGGAAGAAAAAUACUGCAUACAUCGAUGACGAUGAUGACGAUACAAGUUCUGAGAGCAGUGGUGAAGAGGAUUCACCAAGACCACUUUCUUAUCGAACUCCUUUUCUCACUCAGGGUAUUGGUAGACUGUUCAGAUGCCUGUGCAACCCAGCAUUCGAUGUGGAUGAUGAAGAGAUUGUGUACAAAAGCAAAUGAUGCACAACAACAACAACAACAUAAUAAAUACACCACCACCAGUAUCAAGAAAUUGACGAAUUUUGGUUGUAUUAAAUACAUGAAAAAUCAUGAAUUAAACCAGAACCUAAGCUCCCCGUGCAUUGAAGGUUUCCAUAUCAGGGUCAGAGGACAAGGCAAGCCACUAAAAGUUGUGUUGUGUGUUUUUGUGUUUAUUAUAGGCUGGAACACACUGUUUCUAUCCUACUUGAUGGCACAACUCUAGUUUCCAGUCACUCCAGUUGACAUUAUUCUGUUUACACCAAAAUAAUCUUUCUUUAACGUAUUUUGUUAAAGAAAAUCC